AUGAUGAGCUCUCCCCACCUCCCCCUGGACACGGUGGACAGGACACUCCCGCUACCCUCGCACCACAAAACUUUGGCUCUUCGAUAUCUCACCCUACGCCUCAUCGUCUCGUUACUCGUCCUCACUGUGGCGCUGAUCAUCCCGCCCGCCGCCAUCCUCACCCAUCUGCGGCAGCUGUCCGGCCAGAUCCUCCGAUACCGCCCCUUCUCUUUCUAUUCCAGUACCCGUGCCGCCAGCGAGAUGCCCUCACCAUUUGCCUCCGAGCUGCAAGUCGCCCAGCUCGCCGUUCAGCGUGCCAGCAUCCUGACCAAGCGGGUCUUCCACGAGAAGGCCAAGGGUACCGUGGACAAGAACGACAAAUCCCCCGUUACCAUCGGUGACUUUGGUGCUCAGGCCCUCAUCAUUGCUGCCUUGCAACACAACUUCCCGGCCGAUGAGAUUGUGGCGGAGGAGGAGGCAGCGCAGCUGCGAGAGGAUCCUACCCUGCGAAACACUAUCUGGCAACUUGUCAAGGACACCAAGCUCGAAGAUGCCUCUGCCGAAAAGCUGCUUGGCGGGUCCAUCGCCGACUCCGACUCCAUGCUGGAGCUGAUUGACCUUGGCAACAGCAAGGGUGGCGCCAACGGUCGUAUCUGGACCAUUGACCCCAUUGACGGCACCAAGGGGUUUCUGAGAGGUGGCCAGUAUGCCGUCUGUCUAGGCCUCAUGGUCGAUGGCCACGUCAAGGUCGGCGUCCUCGGAUGCCCCAACCUCCCUGCCGACGAUGCCACCCGCCUGACGGCCGACAUCGGUACCAACCAGACGGAUGAGGGCCGCGGCGUGCUCUUCUCCGCCGUUCACUCGGAGGGUGCUACUAGCCGUCCCCUCACUGCCGGCGCACUUGCGGAACCUGCUAAGCCCAUCUCGAUGCGCCCGCUCCACGACCUGGCCAAGGCCACCUUCUGCGAGAGCGUUGAGGCUGGCCACUCGGCCCAUGAUGACCAAGCUGCCAUCUCGCAGAAACUCGGCAUCACGGAACCCAGCGUUCGCAUGGACAGCCAGGCCAAGUACGGCUCCAUCGCCCGUGGCGCUGGGGACAUCUACCUUCGCCUGCCUGUCAAGGCAACGUACGAGGAGAAGAUUUGGGAUCAUGCCGCCGGUGACCUCAUCGUCCGUGAGGCAGGUGGUCAGGUCACAGACAUCUACGGCAAGAGGCUCGACUUCGCCGUCGGUCGAACGUUGGCCAACAACAAGGGUGUCGUUGCCGCGCCUGCCGCAGUCCACAGGAAGGUCCUUGAUGUCGUGCAAGAAGUCCUCAAGAUUACACCCUCAUCCUAA